AUGUCUUCGUUGUUACCGUUACAUACACAUAUCUGUCUAAGACUGCUCAUUAUCUAUCUAUCUAUCUAUCUAUCUAUCUAUCUAUCUAUCGAUUUCCUGUUCUUUUUCUCCUCUUUCUUUUCUUUUUUCUUUUUCUUCACCUUUCUUUUCUUCUCUUUCCUUCUUUCUUUCUUCUCUUUCCUUCUUCUCUUUCCUUCUUCUCUUUUCUUCUCUUCACUUUUCUUUUCUUCUCUUUACUUUUCUUCUUCUUUUCUUCCACUCGUUUCUUCUUCUUCGCUUGUCUUUUCUUCCCUUUUCUUUAAUUGUUCUCUCUUUCUUUUUCUUCACCUUUCUUUUCUUCUCUUUCCUUCUUUCUUUCUUCUCUUUCCUUCUUCUCUUUUCUUCUUCUCUUUUCUUCUCUUCUCUUUUCUUUUCUUCUCUUUUUUCUUCUUCUUUUCUUCCACUCGUUUCUUCUUCUUCCUUGUCUUUUCUUCCCUUUUCUUUAAUUGUUCUCUCUUUCUUUUUCUUCUCCUUUUCACCUUCUGUCUUUUUUCUUUCUUUUUUCUCUUUUUUUUUCUCUUUUUUUCUCUUUUGUUUUUUCUUUUCUCGAUGUUUGAAUCACGAGUCUAUUCUUUGAUCGCCCUACGCCACUACGACGCCUUUCUCUCUCUGCGGUCGCCGUUGGCAUGGUUGGACUUCAGUUCUCAGUCCAAAGCCAAUUACAAAGUCAAUCGGCCCUCAGCACCGGAAUUGCUAUUAAACUGA